AUGUUUUCGAACGUGUUUAGCCGAGGCUUUCAGGUCAAGUCCAUUACCUCGGCCUCGCUCCGACACCGCUCCGUUCCCCAGAAACAGCCUGCGAAGGUUGUGAGUGCCGUUGCGAAGCUGAGCUCUACCGGUCUCGCACGACAAAACAUGGCCCCUCCUACUACUUACCAGGAAGACCCAUACGCAGGUCCUAUGCUUCGAUUUCAGAAGUUUUUACCAAAACUUCCAGUACCGACACUGCAAGAGACCGCCGACCGAUACGUCAAGUCCCUCAAGCCCCUCCUUACAGAACAAGAGCUCCAAAGGACCAAGACAGCUGUCGCAGAGUUCAUUCGAGAAGGUGGAGUCGGUCAACAGCUCCAGGAGAAGCUUCUCGCAAAAGCCCAAAACCCUGAAGUCAACAACUGGCUAUCCGACUGGUGGAACGAUGCUGCGUACCUCUCCUACCGUGAUCCCGUCGUCCCUUAUGUCUCGUACUUUUACUCCUACAAGGAUGACAAGAAGCGUAGGCACCCGGUAAAGCGUGCGGCCGCUAUCACCACUUCGGUUCUCAAAUUCAAGAAGAUGGUCGAUGAGAAGACGUUAGAGCCCGAGUAUAUGCGCGGGUUGCCCAUCUGCAUGGACUCUUACAGGUGGAUGUUCAACGCUUGCCGUAUCCCAGAAAAGCCGGCCGACUACCCUGUUAAGUACGAUUAUGAGUCCAACAAGCACUUUGUUGUUGCUAGGAAGAACAGGUUCUACAAGGUCUUGCAUGAAGUUGAUGGAGUUCAACUUAGCACCGGGGAGCUCGAAGCACAGUUUGCUAGGGUUUUGGAGUUGGCCAAUGCCGAGAAGGUUCCCGCUGUGGGUGCCCUAACCAGUGAGAACCGUGAUACCUGGACCGAGGUCCGCAAGAUGAUGAUCGAGGCUUCUCCGGAAAACAAAAAGGCACUUCAACUUAUCGAGUCCGCAUCCUUCAUUGUCUGCUUAGACGAUACUUCUCCAGUUACCCUCGAGGAGCGUGCGCACCAGUACUGGCACGGAGACGGUCAAAACCGCUUCUUCGACAAGCCCCUCCAGUUCAUCAUCAAUGAGAAUGGCACCGCAGGAUUCAUGGGUGAGCACUCGAUGAUGGAUGGUACCCCCACCCACCGUCUCAACGAUUACCUCAAUGACCAAAUCUUCCAUAACAAGAUUGACCUCGCUGUCGGUGAUGUCCGCAGCAAUCUUCCAGAACCUUUGAAAGUCUUGGCAUACUUAGGCUACGGGAAGGGCCUGAUCAAGAAGUUCAAGUGUUCGCCGGACGCCUAUGUCCAGAUGGUUAUCCAGUUGGCCUAUUACAAGAUGUAUGGCAAGAACCGCCCAACCUACGAAUCGGCUGCCACCCGCAAAUUUCAAGUAGGCCGGACAGAAACUUGUCGCACAGUCUCCGAGGAAAGCGUAGCUUGGUGCAAGUCGAUGAUGGACCCCGACACUGAUCCAAAGACUUGCAUCUCCAACUUCCGCGCUGCGAUCAACGCCCACGUCGUGUACAUCUCCACCGCCUCGGAAGGCAAGGGUGUAGAUCGCCACCUUUUCGGCCUGAAGAAGCUCCUCCCCCCCGGUGCAGCCCUGCCCAAGAUCUACGCUGAUCCCGCCUAUGGGUACUCCUCCAGCUGGUUCCUUUCAACCUCUCAGCUGUCCAGUGAGUACUUCAAUGGAUAUGGCUGGAGCCAAGUCAUCGACCAAGGUUACGGAAUCGCCUAUAUGAUUAACGAGAACAACCUACAGUUCAAUAUUGUCUCAAAGAAGCAAGGGUGCGAGAGGAUGCAGUUUUACCUCACCGAUGCUGCGAACGACUUGAGGGAGUUGAUGGAGAGCGAGUUAGAGACUAAAGCUAAGCUGUAAGCGUUUCUUGGAGUUGAAACUAGGAAGCUGAAAUUACAGGGCGCAAGCUUUUUUUUCCCUCCCUUUCCUUCCCCACUUCUCGUAUCUUUUCCCCUUAUCUUUUGGGCGUUGCUCUUUUUCUUUCUUGAUUUCUUUUGUAGGGUUGUCAGGUAGAUCGAUAUGCUCUAGAUUAUUAUUUUUUACGGGGAUCCUGGUAAACAGGCAGAUUAGAGGGAUGAUGAAUAAUUUAUUCAUGGAUGACGACCGGUGUGACAUUCGGGAGCUUGGGAAGUGCGGAGUGUUUGUAGAGUAGUGAAUGUGAAAAAAGAGAAUAUACUUAUGGGGCGUCUGAACUUUUAUUAGCGCUUGUAAA